AUGGCCUCGGGAGGUGAUGAAGCCCCGAUCCUGAUCAUCGGGAUCGAUUUCGGCACAACCUACUCGGGAGUCGCCUACUCGCGCCGCAAGAACCCCCCCAAGCUCAUCACCAACUGGAAGAACCUGCGCCACUUCAACCAAGACAAGGAAAAGGUCCCGUCGGCAGUCUUCUACGACUUAAUGACUGAGGGUGACUUUUCCUGGGGUUAUGAGGUGCCAAUCGGAGAAGACGUGCUGCGAUGGUUCAAGCUCUUGCUUGUCGAUGAGAACGACCCGCCUUUCAAGAUCCGCACUUCCCCUCACGUCAUGACCGCCCGCGCCCUGAUCAGGCAGCUCAAGAAGACCCCAGUAGAAGUCAUCGGAGACUAUCUGGGCGCGUUGUGGAAGCACAGCCGCGAGAACAUCAUGAGAGCUGUGGGCCAGCGUGUGUUCAAGAUCGCCCGCCUCCACUUCGUCGUGACCUUGCCCGCCAUCUGGCCGCAUUAUGCUCGAACUCGCAUGGAAGAAGCACUAAUGCGAGCUGGAAUUCGAGAGCCUCGGCCUGCGGGUGAGACCAUUGUUGACUUCAUCUCUGAGCCUGAGGCGGCGGCCCUGGCGUGCCUCGAGGGUAGCUCCGAUGCGAUCGACCUAAAGCCGGGUCAACAUCUGAUUGUCUGUGAUGCCGGCGGUGGCACUGUCGACAUCAUCACUUACAAGAUCAUCAAGAUGGACCCUUUGACAGUCCAAGAGAGUGCCAGGGGCGAUGGUGACCUCUGCGGCGCCAUGUUCCUUGAUGAGAGCUUCGCGCUUCUCCUCAAGGAGAAGAUCCCGGCCGAUAUUCAGGCCAAGAUGGGGGAUAGUGGGCUCCGGAAGUUCAUGCAUGAUGAAUGGGAGCACGGCAUCAAGACCUCCGUCGAUAAGGACAGGGUGGUCAACGGCAAAUAUCACCCUCCGAGGAUCACUAUCGAGGCCUCCACCGUUCGUGAUAAGGUGUACCGCCCACAGAUCACCAGGAUCGAGAAGCUCGUCGAGGAACAGAUCAAGCAAGUCAAAGAAAAGUUUCGCCGCAAGCCCAAGUAUCUUAUGCUUGUGGGUGGCUUUGGGAAGUCCAAGUUCUUGUACGAGUGUCUCCAAGAGAAACUCGGGAAGAAGAUCGAGAUUCUGCAGGACAGUAACAGCGAUCCGUGGACCGCUGUCGUUCGCGGUGCCGUUUACCAUGGGCUUGUCCGCAGCAACAUGACCGAUAACAUCAACGUCUCCAUUGAGUCACGCAUCUCUCGCUACAGCUACGGAACCUUGGUCAAUGCGAUGCCCUUUGAUGCAACAAUGCAUGAGCAAGAAGAUCGGUUCUACUGCUCUGCGAACCAAGCUUGCCCUCUCACUCUGGUAGCAUACCUCGAAAACGAAACCGUCUCAGCUCACAAGCCGCACAAGUUCACGUGCUGGCAGGAGUUGAGCAGCCCAGACGAUGAAGUCACCGUUGACAUUGUCUUCUCCGACGCAGAGACGCCCCCCAAGCGCCAGGAUGGAACUGUCAAACCACUAUGCGAGAUCAAAGUUCCCCAUAUCCCCAACUGGGACAAGCUUCCUCUCUGGAAGAACUCAAACGGAGAGGAGUUCCGACACUUUGGGUAUGAGCUGUGCAUGGUCAGUGAUGGCACGUCCCUCGACUUCUCUGUCUAUCACAACAAGCGCAAGAUCGCCGCCCAGAGCGCGAGUUUUGAGUCGAGCGGCUGUGCCUCUGCUGGUGCUGCUUCUGCCGGUGGGAGUGCAUCGAGGCCUCCAAGAGCGUCGAACCGGCAGAUGGGCCGUCGACCCGACCCCGACUACAACGAGGAGAGUGGGAGUGAGGAAGAAGAUGGUGACUUCGAGAUGGAGGAUUGA